GGCGAAAGAACACCGAAAGAAGAAAGACCCUCUCUGACUUUUGAAAACUCUAAGUGAAGGCAGAAAGUCACGUCUUUGAUUUAUGUCACAUGGCAGCCAGCGACAGACAUCACCGCUCCACCUAAAACUCACUUUGAAGGCGGAUUUUUUUCCCCUCCUCUCUUGUUGCUGCGGAAGUUUUCUCACUUCAGGACCUCUAACAGUGGGCUGCACUCCAGUUCAUUAAAGGUAAAUUAUAUCCAAAGUCUACAUAAAUCUCAGCUCUCCAUUUGUGUUUCAAUAUGCAUUACUCUACACAUUUUUCCAUUAGGUAUUGGCACGUUUAAUUGGCCUGUGUCAGCAUUGAUGCAUGCAUACUAAAAAGGUGAACUGAAGCCUCAGUGUGUAACUCUCAUAAACAAUAUUGUGUAUGCAUUAGCUGCAGUAAUUUUUAUACUUGUAUUACAGCUGUAAUUUUUGUGGUUUAAGUGAUAUUUGUCCAUAAAAGCUUCAAAAAUGCAGACUUUAUUGUUGUUACAAAGCUGUUGAAGCCCAGAGGAAAUUCAGGACUGAUUCAACUAUGUCCCCACUUUCACUAGUUAACCAUACUUGCUGCUUCACCCCAGUGAACCCUGUGAGGUUACCUGUGGCCAAGUGUCUGCGAGCCAACGCACUGUUCUCCCCAAGUUCAAUAUUGACUCAAGUCAUUCAGCAAAUUUGAUACAGAUUUCCAAUAAUCCUGUUUUUCUCUCAUUUCUCGCCCCCUUUGACAGCUCUUCGCCGAAGAAAAGGAGUGUCUGUUUGCGCUGGCCCUGCUCCCGGUCUUAGCCCCCGUGAAGAGGAUCAUCAUCAUCAUCUCAAGCUCCAUCGCUUACCAAGAUGAGCCGCGUAUCUCUGACCCUGAUGAGGGGCGUGUCCCUGCUCCUGUUGCUCCGCACAGCCAUCUCCAUGUCGCUGCUUCCCAACUCCACAGACCUGGAGCAAAUUCUGGAAAAGUAUCACGAUGAAAAGGGAGAUUGGUGGAAGGCCAAGCAGAGGGGCAAGAGGGCCAUAACGGACAGUGAUGCGAAGCUCAUCCUUGACCUCCACAACAAGCUCCGAGGCCAGGUUUACCCACCUGCUUCCAACAUGGAAUACAUGGUAAGUGGAUGGAGGGCUCGGUUUCUGCUCCCCUAAAAUGCUCUGACCUGGUUUUGACCCUACCAAGAGCCCUGUACACUUGUUGACCUUGUAGCUUACAGGACUGACCCAGUCACCAGACCGACUGGCACUGCUCCCAUUUGGCUCACACAUACACACUCAGCAAGCAUGCAUGUAAGCGCCUUUACCCACACAGGCCUCACCAGCUAACACACACACACACACACACACACACACACAUAAAAGUCUGCACCCAUGUGACAUUGAUUGUUUGGCCAGGAGAGAAGAAUUCCACCACCUUUGCCAAUGAUCACAUUACUACUGCCUUUUUUUUUACCCUUGCUAAGAGAUUUGUUUGACUUUAUCCUUCAGCCGUCACGUGUGUGUACAACGCUAGAUCACUUUUCACCAUGCAAUUAGAACCAGAGCACGGCACCGGGGCCUGUUUUACCAGCUGUCUCCCCCCCUCUACUAAACACACACGCUCACACCACUCUUUCAGAAACCCUGCGCUUUGCAGAUCUGGAACUUCUCCAAACACACAACAUGUGUAGUUACUGCUUGACCGCCUCAGUGCGUUGCCACCAACAGCACUAAGGAGGUUAAAAACCAAUACAGUGUGCAGAAGGUAAUGAGGUUUUAUCGUCUUUCAUCUCCGCUUAGAGAGCGACAGAACAAAAGGCAGCGUUAUUCCAUGUUGGAGGCAAAUAAACAGUUCCUGCUGGGGGCAAUUGCUGGACUAUGUAAUUGUAUAAUUGAGAGCUUGGACUUGAGGACCCCUUUUGUGUGUGUAUGUGUGUGUGUGUGUGUGUGUGUGUGUGUGUGUGUGUGUGUGAAAGCUCCACUCUGCCUGGCAGGCUUCUGGCUGAGGCACACUCUAGUGGAGAAAUGCUGAGCCAGCAGCAGCAGCAGCAGCAGCAGCAGUGCACAGCUCCCUUUCUACUGUCUCCUGUUACAGUGGGCUGCUUUUUUUUUAGCUGCAGGGGCACCCAGGGGUGAAAAAUAGAGAGGUAUGCAACAAGAGAAGGUGAGGUGAAGGAAAGAGGGUGAAAUGAAAACAGUCGGGGAAUAGAAUUAAAGGUAUAAAAAUGAUCGAGGAGGCAUGCGCAUAGAGUGGAGAGGUAGAUUGCAAAAGGAGUGUCAAAAUAAUUGAAAAGAAGAGGAGAAGGCUGAGGAAGAGCAAGGCAAGAGGGAAUUAAAGAGAAAGAUCCUCAUAAAAAGAGUGGGGCAUAUGUAAGACAAAUACGUACUUGCAGACCUGGAAAUGUCAGUAUUUCAGGCAAAGACUCUAAACUUGACAUGUAGAGUGGAUUUUAUGUGCUUUAUUUUGAAAGGGUCUUUGUAUUUCUCUGAUAUUUUCCCCCCUGUCUGCAUUGAACUGCUGUCACCUUUCAGAAACCUCACAGCUUCACUGUACUGGAAGACUUCAUAGACAUGCUCCCUUGCUUUCCUGCACACUCAUGCAUUCAGACACACACCCACCCAACCACACACACACACACACACAGACACAGUGAAUUUGAACCCACAUGCACAGCUAUUUGCCCAUCAGCUCUGUCAUUGUGUGCCGUUGUAUUAAGACACAACCCGGCUGACCCUCUGUGGCAAUCAUCACAGAGACUCUGAGAUAACAUCAAUUCAAAUCCCCCUCCUCCCCGUCAUCUGUUUCCUUUCCUUGCCCCCUCCCUCCCUCUCUCUCUCUAUGUCCUUCUCCUUCUCUUUUCUCUCUGCCUCCUUCUUCUCCUUUUUUUUUUUUUUUUAUCCCUGUGGCUCCGUUCCCAUUCUGUCAUUAUCCAACACAGAGGCCCCACAAAAUUCCCUGGAUAAGCAUUCACACUCUGUAGCGAUCCACAAAAUCUUCAAUACACCUUCAGUGCGGGGGGGACAGCGCUUCUGCUUCUCACUCAAAUGUUGACCCACAAGUAUAAACAGACAAGUGUCAGCGUUUGAAGUACGGCAAGACAAACAGACGGCAUCUUGGAAGAAAGUUCAGACUGCCUUCGUGUUGAACUUGGCUCUGAGUGGGUUACAGCUUAGGUCUGGGAUACUUGUGGUAGUGGAUAUUGAAGUUAGGGCUGUACUGACAUGAUUUGGUUUUGGAGGAAGGGUGAGACAAAAUAUAUCCAAUUUACCCACACACCAGUCUUUUGCAUGAUGAAAAUACUCGUUUAGAUUGCCAUAUUUAUGAAUUAACAGGACAAAGAGACAAAGAAAGUCCAGCCUCUUUCCACAGCCUCCUCUGGAUUGAAGCUCAGAGCUCACAGGUCACUAUGCCUUUGUUCUCUCCCCCGGGUCCAGUAAGCUUAAUGCACCAAGAUAACCUAUAAAAGGAAAGGACAUCUAAAGAGCAGCAGCCGAGCACCAUGGUAUGAAAAAUAUUGGUCCUCCGAAAUCACUUACAGUAGCUUCUGACAGCGUUCUGAAUCCAAGACCACGCUUCAGUGGGGCCCAGAGGGGGGAACGCUAUCCAAAAAUAGCAAAAAUGCCACCCAAAUGUCACAAAGCUGGACUCACUCCAGGCCUCACCUGCACUGCCUGUAUGUUGUCCAAGAAUAUUGCCAACAGGAGAGGCAACAAGGUGUACCCUUGAGGGAGUCCUGUGCCCGCACAAGAAACUGCUUGAUGUGAUGCCAAGAAUGUAAACAGGUCUUGGUCCAAGUACUCUGAAAAUGAGUGGCUUGCAAUAGCGCCUUUAAAGAAACAUGGUAGAAAUUAAGAUCAGCUACUCUGAAUGGUCUUGUUCAAGGUACCCAACACUUAUCUUGAAUAUCGAUACAGUGUGAUAAAAUACAGAACUGAUAAAAAAGACAUUAUUUAAAAGUAGCCAGGUGGAAAAUCAGGCUUCAUUUAGAUGAUAAAUCAGAAAAAACAUACUUUAUAAUAUACAUUCUGCUAAGACCAGACAAUAGCUUAUGUAAAUAUGAGCUAGAAGGCGGCUGAAAUGGGGUAGACUCCAGUCAUGAGCGAUUUAAAACAUGGCUUUAUGAAAACAAACAGUAGUCUUACUAAGAGGAACGCUUUAUUAGUAGUCUGAGCAAGCAGGCUGUCAAAUGCUGUAUGGUAUUUACUUUAAAUUCUAGCUUAUGUCACUCCGGAUUUUUAACAUCUGUUUCAUUUUCAUUUAGAUUGAGUUUAGAUUGUGAUCUGAGCGUCGUGACUUUAAGACAUCCAAUACAACAACCUUGAACACAGUAGUGGCCUACAUUAUAUUUGCAUUAGAGCUCCCCCCAGAGUGUGACCUCAAGGAGAAACGGUCACUGUGCGAAUACAGUAAAUGACGUACAUCCACUGAGAGUGCCUCCUGUGUAAGUGAGGCUUGUAAUAAUUAGCCGAGCUGUUAUAGUCAAUUAUGCCCUUUUUUGACCAUGAUAAUGAGAGAUUGUGGUAUUUUCUGGUUGACUAAAUUUAGACAAUAGAUAACCUGAGGGCCUGUGAUAUAAGUUGGUGUGGGCUGAAAUGUACGUCAUGAAAUAAUAUUAACUCUUCCCUGUCUUUAGGUAUUUUAAAAUCUCUUCUUUGCAUCCUUUUCUUCUUCUGUCAGGUUUCUUGUUCACCUUAUCUCCUUAUUUUCACCUUCUCUUUCACCAGCUCCCAUAACUUUCCUUCUGCUUUUUCAAUAUUUCUCUGCAAGCACCAUUGAUUAUGAGCAGGAAGCCUAAACUCACUAAGGAAGUACCUUGAGGAAUGCGACCAGAUGACCAGAAGAGAGAGAGAGAGAGGGAGUAAGAGAGGAAAAAAAAACCUUGGGUGUAAAUGAAGUGUUAAGCGAAAUACACAAUGCUGUUUGCGCAGUGCUGAAAGACUUAAGCAGGGAAGGUGUUUUUCUUUACGGGGCCCCAGCAGCAGUCCAGCGAGGGUGGGUGGGUGGUGGGGUCCUUGGUUAUGAGGCCUCCCCUGCUGGGAUAACAGUGCAAACAACAGCAGGUUUGACAAGGCGGCUGCUCUCUGUAGCAGAUUCAACAUCUGAGAAAUAUUUGCUUGGGUCGACACUUCCUGAGUGUGCUUUUUCCAAUAGCUUGAGGACGUUGUAUGGUUGCUUCUUGUAUUUGUUAUCCCUUUCUUUUAAGAGCAUCACAAAUCACGUCUUUUUUUCAUGGAAACAAUGAUCAGCGAAAUUCCCCUCUGAGACACUUAAACUCGAGUUUUGUUCACCUAACUUUUGGAAUUGUUGUAGCUGUGGCCUCAGCUAAACGUUUUCCUACCAAUAACCAUCCAUUAAUGGCCGAAAACAUUGUGUUGACCCCGUUUAACUGCAGAGCGUCUUACGUGCUGCGGUUUGCAGAUCCUUUGGCAGUUACCCCAGCUCAAUGCAAUGUGUUUCAGUCUGCUUAUCAGUGCACACAUUGAUUCGUGCAAGGAGGUCACUUGUCAAGAAAAUCGAAGGGGAAGAUGACUUGGAUGGAAGUCAAGGUUAUAACUGAACUGCUUGCUCCUGCAUUCUUCCAUCACUGAGGCUGAAAUUCCCUCAAUGUUUCUGUUUCAGCAUCAUAGGGAAAAACAGAUACCCCAAUACUGACAUACAGAGGCCAACAGAGGUAACUCAGAGCACGGGUAGAGUUUCAGGUAAACAAACUCACUGCUUCCUGCUUUAGCUCUAGCUCUGUCACUCAUCAUUUGGCCCUAUUGUGCAAGACAGACCACAGGCAACCCCGUAUGAGGUUGCUGUAACUCUGAUACGCCGCCUUUCAAGCAGGUGUAGAGAUGAAUGAAAAUACAACCCGCACCUCAUGUGGUUUAUUUGUACAAUAUCCUAGUUGUGUUCGAUUUUUACAAGGAUUUGUGUUGAAAUCUGACUCAAAACACCAGCCAAUCACGGCGGAGUCGGCCAGUAUCGCCUUGUCCCUUUAAACAAAUAGGCCAACCUUACCGUAAUAGCGAACAAGAUUCCCAGAAAGCGCUGAAGUUAAUUUGCAGAGCUGCCGGACAUCCUGUUGUUAGGUAGGUGUGUGUUUUUGGGGGGUAAUGUAGAGAACAGCAGUUGUUUCUGGUGGGACUAGAGGGUGAUGAUGAUGGAAGAGAAAGAGGAGGUGUUUGCCAGAUUGGGCUACUUAUUUUGGAGGCUGUUAUUGGAUGAGAUUUCGGUAAAUGGUAAGCUAUGACUUCCAGGUUUCAACGUGUGAAACGUGCAAACUUCUGACACCUCAGCUGGUAUUCUGACGCACACACACAGACACACACAUUCAAACUAAUUGACUUCCUUUCAGAAACCUGUUACAUUGCACUAAAGGUGAAAGUGAAGGUGUGCAAUUAAAGGAACAUAUAGUGUCCUUGGGAGGAAUUACAGCUGGUGUUAUUCUAACGAUUUUUUUAUGGUAGAAUGUAGGUCAGCAGAGAGGAAGGACACUCUUUGCAUUCCCAGUAAACCCCAGAAUGGGAAUAUGAUCCCUUAGUAUCCAACCAGAGCCGAACUUAAACUGCGAGGGCAAUUCAGUGAGAGGUAACAAAAGCUUGCACCCAGACAACUCACCAAAGACAUAUGGAAGGUAUUACUUAAGGGGGGAAAAAAGCUUCUGCAUUUUUUAAAUAACACCCAAUCCCACGGGAAAACCCAUCUGGGAAAAGUCAGCUGAGAAGAGAGGCAAAAAACCUCCUUAUAAAGCAGUAGCAGCACAUCAGCAUAGAGCUUUUGAUUAGUACCUUUUCCUAAACAUAACAGCUGUAAUCCAUAGCACCGAUCAUAACACCUGAUAAGUAAUCCACGUUCUCUCUGUGUUUGAAUAUCGCCUCAUUUCAUUAUUGGCAGCUGAACAAACCCUAGCUGCACCAUGACCUGCGUUUGCUUCAUCUCGUGGCAAAAUAAGCAACUUUUACUUGCAAAAUAUAUCCAAACGAAAACUUUAAACUUUUGCAUCUUGCCUUCCAUGCAGGUGUGGGAUACAGAGUUGGAGCGUACAGCCGAGGAAUGGGCAGAGACUUGUCUGUGGGAGCAUGGUCCUGCCAGUCUGCUGCCACAGAUUGGACAGAACUUGGGAGCACACUGGGGAAGGUAAAAUGAAAUUACCGUGUGUUAAAAGUAACCUCCAAAUAUCCAGCUCAGUGGGAGGUUAAAAUAUUCCCCUUCAGUCCCCUUUACCUGUAUUACAAUCUAUGCAUCCAUCUGCAACCUAUCCAUGUGAUUACAGUCCUAUAGAUUACAUUACAUCUUUUGCUGUAAAACUCUAUUUGUUGUAGAUAAGUCUCCUUUCAGAAUUGAAGUCCCCCUGUUGGGAAUGGAUAAUGCAAAAGUGCCUUUAACCUGCAUUCUUUCUAAUGGCCAGCAGGGGGCAACUUAGAAGGAAGAGACCAACUGUUGAUAAAUCAGUUUAUGUCUGGUGAGAAAAGACUUGGAAGCUAGUAUCUAUACGUAAAAGUGCAUAUCUUUCUUUCUAGUCCAAAUACGGUCACUUCUGGCUCGGAAAAUGUCAAAUCUGAGACUUCAGAAGGCAAAAAAGCUUCUCAAACUGAUGGAUGGUUUCAUACUUCCUGCUGCUAUCAUUAUAAAUUUCUAACCAUAUUUUCCAAUAUUGAUAGAACAGCUGAAAAGAGACAGGAAGAGCAGGAAGUAGAGAGUGGGAGAAGACAAACAGCACAGGUUGAGAGAGCCAGAGGGAGUCAAACCGGCGAACUAAAGCCUGCAGUGAUUUUUCUACAGCUAACUAACAAUAUUACAAAAUCACCAGAGCUGAAAAUCAAACAGCAACUUCAUCAAAUAUUGCCAUGUGUAUUUGCAAAAAACACAUCAGAAAUUUCUCAAUGUAUCCAGUGAAUUAGGAUAAUAUUUGAGGUAAACAUCCAGUGUUUUCUCAAUUGGCAUUUACAUUUUCCCUGUGAGUUGGAGGUCAAAAGAAGCAUUAGCUAGCUGGAAGCAAACCUCAGAUUAAUUGUCAACAAUUUCGUGAUAAAAAGGCAAAUAUUAUUUUAAUUUGUUUCUAAAAACAUGUUUUUUCAUAAACCAAUAGAUGUCACAGAUAUAAUACAUAUCCUCCAGACUUUUUGACCCUAUGUCCAUAUUAAAUCAAUUGUACUGAAUUUGGCUGUGCUUUCUCUUUAAAGGUCCUUACACACCGGUCCCGACGCGAAUAUCGAACGCGAAAUAUUCGGAGGUGAAAUUUGAUGCUCCUGACUAUACAGAUCAAGGGGGGGGGGGGGGAGAGAGACACAUCCCGGGGAAGAUUUUUCCCGGGUAAAGUCCCGCCUCCUUCGCCUCUGAUUGGCUAGAAAAGCUGGAAACGUCAUCACACGCUCAAGCCAAACGGUCAGCACUUAUAGCCAAUCAGAGGCGAUAAGGUAAGACAUGAAACUAUGGUAACAACCGUUAGCUUACGUUAGCACAGAUGAAAGUUAAAACAAAGACUUUUAGCAAACUGUUAAAGCACACAAACCAUCGUCAUAUGAGAAAUCUGACGCUAUUAUGUCCUUCAGGUCGUUAUCUUUGUAAUGUUUGUGUUUUUUAUCAAAAAGCACUCUGUUCUCUGACACAUAAACAAUCAGCCGGUCGGCCAUGUUGGAUAUACUGGUGAAUUUGACGUCGCAACAACACGCUGUCUGAUUGGUCAGAAGUGGACACACAGUAAGCAAAACUUUAGAAAAAUGGACCAUGAUCCGAAAAAAUAAAUGCUGCGAUAUCGCAGGUCGGGAAAACGUCGCUGAUGUGAACGCCUGUAUUGACAGGAUACAGGUUAAAAAAAAAAAAUACUGACGUCCGAAAUAAUCGCACGAUAAAAACAGUCACAAUGUGUAAGGACCUUUAGACUAGUUGGUCAGAGAAAUGUUAUAUUUCUAUUCAAACGACAAGGCAAACUGGAUGCCCCCAAUACAUACAUUAAUGUCUUACCAUGCGUUGAAUUUUUAGCUACCUCCUGUAUUUCCAAAACCUUUUUGACAUAAACUUUAAAGCCUCGACAAGGUGAAGUCGAGCUGCUUUGUUUUGCACUAAUAAAACAAAGUUAUUUAAAUACAACCCGAUGCUUAAAGGUCACCCACCGCAUGGGCAUCACUGCAUGCAGAUCAAUUCUUGAAAGGGUUCUUGCAGUAAGCAGAGAAUAGCUUUGCAUAAUACCAACUCCUACACCAACAGAGACACGAGAUAAAAGAAAUACUGUUUGGAACAAUGUUCAUCCCAGGUAUGCUUACUCAUCUCUCCAGGUAUCGCCCUCCUACGUUCCAUGUGCAGGCCUGGUAUGAUGAAGUGAAAGACUUCUCCUUCCCCUACCCCCAGGAUUGUAACCCCUACUGCCCCUUCAGAUGCUCUGGUCCAGUUUGUACUCAUUAUACGCAGGUAUGAAGCUCUGAAUCAUACCAGUUCAUCAGGAGACUUUGAGAUCAAUUUGUCAAGUUAAUCUUUAAUUGAUUUUAUACUUCAUAAUCACUUUGUCUCUGUUGUUAUUCUUAUGUAGCUGGUGUGGGCCACCAGCAGUCGGAUUGGCUGUGCCGUCAACUUGUGUUACAACAUGAAUGUGUGGGGGCAGAUUUGGGCCAAGGCAGUCUAUCUUGUUUGCAACUAUUCACCAAAGUAAGCAGAAAACAUUAUAUUGUAGUUAUUUGAUCGAAAAUACAUGCAGGUAAUAUAUGGUAAUUGAUUUUUACUCACCUAAACAGAGGAAACUGGUGGGGGUAUGCACCGUACAAACAUGGGACCCCCUGCUCUGCCUGUCCUCCCAGCUAUGGAGGAGGAUGCAAGGACAAUCUCUGCUACAAAGGUUUGUUUGUGGAAAAUAAGAGAUGCAGAGAUGGAGAGCCUGGAGAAAUGUUUCCCUAACUACUUUGUUUUGUGAUUUUACCUGAAGAUGACAGCUCCUACCCUCCACGUGAGGAAACGGAAGAAAACAACUUCAUUGAGCCGGAGGCCCCCCGUGUUCGACAGAAUCCCUGGUCGAGGGCCUCCAAGCCUGAACCUCCUAGUCUCCCUGCCCCAGCCCCAACCCAGCCCCCCACAGAGGACCUGCAGAAGAAUGGAGUGGUCAACACCCAGCAGAUGUGUAAGCUGCCAUUUAACUGUUUAUUCUGGAUAUAGUUUCAUCUUGAAAUGGGGGGUUGCAGGAUCUGCUGAGAGGUGCACAAAGUGGCAUGAAAUGAAGAAAAGGUAGACUUUUUUUUUUGCUUUGGAGAUUUUGUUGAAAACCCGAUAAUCCCUGUCUGUGUUGAGCCAACAACAAAGGAUGAAAAAUAAGGCCGGAAAUAUUUAUCUCAAACUGCCUUUUUGUUCUGUCGCCCUUAUCUGUCAUCUCUCUGAUGAGUCCUGACAGUUUUUGAAAAGGUCUUAAUAUUGCAAGUCACUCUUUGCAGCAGGGAAGGGGGGUCUAUUUUAGCAGGAUCCCCUGAGUGUGUGUUUGCUUUUGGCCGACUGAAAGGGCUGUGAGGGGAGGGGGUUGUGGUUUUUAAAUGGCUUCCUCUCUACAGUGUAAAGAGGCCUGUGCUUGUAAGCUGAGACGCUUCCUCCAGUACUGCUGACCACCCUGAACCUUGUAGCAGGAACUCUCUGCUUCGGUUCCUCAAGCAGCAUGACAACAAAAGUCUUCUAGCUUCUCACUCAACUCAGGCUUUUAAAAACAAGUCAUCUGCACCAGAGAUUCUUGCAUGUCGGUUCCUGUACGAGCACUGAAAGGACUUCAUGUUUGUAUUUUUCAGCUCAGCUGGUGACCUGUGACACCAAGCUACGGGAUCAGUGUAAAGGAACGCCAUGUAAUCGGUACGGUUCAGAGCUAGCAAGAUAAAAAAAACACACAAAAAACAUGAAGUGAAGUACGUUUAACUAUUAUUUCUUUGUUGAUUUUCAGAUAUGAGUGUCCAGCUGGAUGUCUGGAUGCUAAAGGAAAAGUAGUUGGAACAGUUUAUUAUGAAAUGGUGAGAAUUCAACUUCCAACAUGAACUUUGACUGUAUUUUAAAGUUACUUUGAGGAUGUUUAUGAACUUUUUCUUAACAUCCAGAAGUAAAUAUGAGUAUCAGUGACAAGUGUGAGGGGUCUUGUCUUUUUACAAUUUCUAUGCAGGAUACUCACUAUAAAUUACACAUUUGACUGUCAAAAGUCAACAGGAUGAGAACUUAAGCAGGAAGAGGACAAGAUACGCAAUGAUUGCUUCGUCCACAGGGGGCGCCAAAGUAGACACAAACCCAAAAGUUCCACACAGAAGCUUUAAAAUGUUCAGGAGUUCCAGAAAAUUUCAGGAUCAACAGUGAAGUUUCUUUUGAAAAGAGUUUUCAGGGAUUUUCAAGUGUUUUAAUAGUAAAUUUCAAAGCAUUCUCCACAAUAUUUUGGUCUUUUCCAGGGAAUUUUUCAAUAACUGUAAAAUUUUGAGGAAUUUUCAUUUUAAAAUUUGGGGGAUUUUAAAUCUAUGACAUUUGUUGAAUAGGUGGAGUGGGAAAUUUACAGGAAUAGUUAGGAACAUUUUAGUAAAUUUUUAAGAAUUUCCAUCAAGAUAUUUUGGAAACUUUAUGGAAUUCUAUUUAUUUUUUUUAUUUUUUUUAAAAUUUGAGUUCAUUUUUGAAUUGGGAAUAUUAGGUUACUGAUCGUAAUUCUUAAAAAAAAGUCUGUGAUUUUCUCAGAAAUUUUGUAUGGCAAAUUUUUGGUAAUUAAUUGAAUACAUUUGAAAACUUUGGCCAAUUUUCACAAACUUGAUCAAAAUGUCAUCAGGUGCUUGUUACUUUCUGAAUUUGGUCAGUUAACAUACAUCAAAAGUUUGGGUUCAGUUUUUCUGGUAACAUGACAGAAACAAGACACUUGACAAGAAACAAGGCAUCCGUCGAGACAGUUAAUUACUACAUGCUCACAACUGCUCAAACAAAAGACCACUGAUGGAAAAAAAAAACUGUCAUUUACAGCAAUCCAGUGUGUGCAGAGCUGGUCUGCAUGCUGGUGUCAUAGAUAAUGAUGGAGGCUGGAUGGAUGUAACAAGAGAAGGAAGAAAAGACUUUUUCAUCAAAUCCUACAAGAAUGGAGUCCAGUCUCUCGGGUGAGUCAGGAGUUUUAACUAAUGUUCAGACACACUCACUUCAAGCGAAAAACAGUGAAAUCUGACGGUGACGUUGUGUUUUAUUUCCCUUGACAGAAAGUAUCAAAGUGCUAAUUCAUUCUCAGUGGCAAGAGUGGCAGGUGGGUACAUAAUAAGUGUGGCGUUAAAUUAUAGACAUGUCACAUUUAUAUUGAAUUAGUUCGAGUAAGUUCAGCCGCAGAUGUGUUUGUUGACACUCACUAUAAUUAUGUCUUGCAGUCAAAGCGAUCACAUGUGAAACCACAGUUGCACAGCUGUGUCCUUAUGAGAAGCCGGCGAAACACUGCCCAAGGUAAGAGUCUGACUUCUUGCGGCUUGUGUCAAUCUAUGUCAAGUUUAACUUUUGCCUUCCAAACUGAAGUUACUUCACGAGUUUACUUAUACAUCUGUUUUUUUCCCCCUCAGGCUUUACUGCCCGAGAAACUGCUUAGAGGAGAAUCCUCACAUAUCACGAGUCAUCGGUACCAGAAUAUACUCUGAUGUAAGUCGCUCUUCUUCAGCAUCAGUGCACUAAAACUGAUUAAAGACCCGGUUUCUUCCAAGCAUUUUUAGACCCUGCUGCUUUCCUCUGUAGAAGUCAAGUAUAUGCCGAGCAGCAGUGCACGCUGGAGUGAUCAGGAAUGGUGUGGGUGGCUACAUCGAUGUGAUGCCAGUGGACAAGCGGAAACACUACAUUGCCUCGCACCAAAAUGGCAUUUCCUCUGAAAGGUAUGAAAUUCUCAGCCUACAAGUGGCAAAUCUGAGCAGAGUACUACAGAGAGAUGGCGACUUAUGCAAAAACGAACAUGAUUGUUGAUUAAUAAUGUCAACAAACAAUGAACACAGUGGUAGAAAGCCUCACAAAUAAUAUCACAAAAAUAUUCAAUUUAUUCUAGAAUGAAAGAAUGAGAAAUCAACAGCUCUCAGGUAGAGACACUCAGCCACUUUUCCUUGUCUUGUGAACUUUAUCUUUUCAGGAUGCAGACUGUCACUUACACUCCUCAUGCAGUGAACAUGGGAGGGUGAUUAGCAUGAGUCUUGUUUGUAAUAAUUAAAUGCCUGUCAAUUGGUGUGGGGAAGAUGAAUGAAUCUUAAUGCGAGUCAGGAAGGGGUUUGGUUUUAAUCAUAAGUCAAAAAAGAGUGAAAAAACCAAACAGGAACAGACGCAGCAGGUAAAGCCCAAAGCUUAUAAAAGCAUUUAACAUAAAGUGAAUUGAUAAGGUUACAUUUCAAAUGGUUUGAGCUUCAUUCAGCUGCUGCUAUAUUGGAAACAUGUAUUAAAUAGUCUCCUACCUAAGCAUUUUGAGAUAUAAGAAUCACAUUUUACAAAAUACAUUCACAGUUUGCAGAUUGUUUAGGUUGGUUACAGUGGAAGUGGUCUCAUAAACUAAAAAUUUCUGAUCACAUUAAUGUCAGGCAGGCUAAAUCAUGAUGUUUGGAUUUACUUUAAAAAACCCUAGAAUACCUCGCAAGUCCCAUUUUUAACUUGGGGGAAGAAAUACAGGGAGGAGGAAGGAAGAGACAUCUUUGGUUUGUACAGCAGCAACAGGAAUGUUAAGGAGCUUAAGCGGGGCUAGAAAUACCAGCCCAAUCCAAAAUGAUUACAGCUGAAAUUGUGGCUCUUGAGGAAAUUUUAGUGUUUCUGUAUCAAAGGUAUAUUUAUGGGUUUAGAAAACAAAGAAACUAAAGGAUAAAUGUAUUCUUUGUCUUUUUUUAUUGCUUGUGAAAAGAGCAUGUGUUGAAUCCACUUCCCAACAGCAGUAAGGUUACAUGUCGGCACCAGCCUCAGCUAGUGACACACAUACAGUAUGGCCUGUUCUACUUUUUUAUAGAUAAUAAACUGCCCCCGCUAUGGAUCGUUCUGUCUGUCGAGAGGCUAUUGUUAACUUGACCUGCGUAGAGGACAAACACUUUCUCCUUUCUUUUUCUCCUCUCCUCCUCUCUCCUUGUCUCUUUCCACCACAUUUAUCUUUGUCACUCUGCCGAGAUGCCUGACGUCUGUUAGUAUCUACCAAUCAUUUAUCUGUCCCCCUCAACUUCACAACAUGUCUGUCUUUGUAGGAUUAACACGUGAAGUCCCAUGUGUUUUUUGUAAAAAUGGCUGGUUUAUCUGUUUUCUCAAGGAGCUGCAACCACUAUCUGUUUGUGCCUUAUCUGUCAUCAGAGUGUCAGACAGCACCCUGACAUGGACAUUUCUCUGAAAACCUGAAAUCUAUCUGCGUGUGUGAGAGAGUGUGUCAUCUGCAUCCCUCUGCUAAAGCCUGAGACAUGCUCAACAACUGACACAUGCCGCACCCACCCAGACUGAAUCUGUCUUGUUUGUCUCUUUCCCCGCAGCCUCCAAAACCCUCCUGGAGGGAAGGCGUUCCGGGUGUUUGCUGUGAUUUGAGUGCCCUCGAGGGCGGCUUCACCAAACAGAGAGCGCACUUGGGUUGUUGAAUAGGCGGUAAUCAAGCCCUGUUGUCAAACUCAAUGACUGAAAUGUUUCUGGCUUUGCUACACUCCCGGAGUUAGAGGUCGUCUCCAUGACAGUGUAAACCCAGCAACAACAACAACAACAAAAAAAACUUGACACAAACAGAAAAAAAGAAUAUUCAGCACUCACACAUAUGGAGGUUUCAUUUUUCUGCAUUAUAAGUGGUAAUUCAAUGAACUGUAAAUAGGUUGUUGUACAUAUAUUUGUUAAUAUUAUAACAAGUGUUUUGUCUUUGUGCCAUUGCCUUGCCCUUUUAGAAACUAUCUCGUAGAAACUGUAGGUCUAACAUUAUAAUGGCACUUAAGGAUGAAUAUGUUUUUAUUGUAUCAAGUCUGGCACAUUUUUACUGGUGCUUUGGAGAGGUUUCUUGACAUGUUUUGUACUUUUUAAAUGAUUUGGGAACAAAGUGUAAUGCAUUUAUUUUUGUAUGAUUAUGCUUUACAUCAUUAUGAUUUAUAAAGGAUGCUGCUAUGGUGUUUUUUGUAUUGUUAUUGUGAUGGGUUUCGUUUGUUUGGUAAUUUUUCCAGAUAAUGAGGUUCAGUUAAAACUCCCUGCAGGUCGGGAAGUGCAUUCAUCGCUCAGAGUUGUCAUUCUGUAAACAAAACCUAUGUGCCCGGCUUACUCAUGCAUCACUAAUCGCUGGAUGUUGCAAACUCCAAAUAUGUUUCCUGGUGAUCCAUCUGCCUUUGACUACAACAAACACAAGCAAUACUGCGCAACAGUUUGAAAGGCUGUAGGGGAAGAGUGUCUAAAUCAACAAAUAUACCAAUUUUACCAACUCUAAGCUGUAUCUCACACUACAAUCAAUGUAAUGGGCCGUUUGUUGUAUUUGUUGUGCAUACUUACAUAAUACAGAGUACAUAUUUUUCCUACCUCAGGUUGUUAGGAAAAGUUCAUUUUGCAAUAAAACAUUACAACCACA